GAAUUCCUGAUUCAAAGAGAUCUAGAGAGAGAAAGAGAUUUAUAGAGAGAGAAAGAGAGAGAUGGGAACCGUUACACCGGGCUCUAUUCCAGUACAUGAGGGAGAAGGUGGGAAGGAUAUUGCUCAACACACUCAUCCUCAAAGAGAACUUGAUGCCGGUGCUCUUUUUGUUCUCAAAUCCAAAGGAUCAUGGGUUCACUGUGGAUAUCACUUGACAACUUCAAUUGUGGCCCCAGCUCUCCUGAGUCUCCCAUAUGCUUUCACUUUUCUUGGAUGGGCGGCUGGGAUUUUCUGUUUGGUGAUCGGAGCUCUGGUGACAUUCUAUUCUUACAACUUGAUCUCUUUGGUUCUGGAACACCAUGCUCAACUGGGUCGCCGCCAUCUCCGGUUUAGAGACAUGGCGCACGACAUUUUAGGACCGAAAUGGGGUCGUUAUUUUGUUGGCCCUAUUCAGUUCAUGGUCUGUUAUGGUGCUGUUAUUGCUUGUACACUCCUCGGAGGACAAUGCAUGAAGGCAAUUUACUUGCUUUCAAACCCACAUGGGGCAAUAAAGCUUUAUGAGUUUGUGAUCAUAUUUGGGUGUUUUAUGCUGAUUUUAGCCCAAUUCCCAUCUUUUCACUCUUUAAGGCACAUCAAUUUGGUGUCCCUGGUUUUAUGCCUUGCCUACAGUGUUUGUGCCACUGCCGGCUCCAUUUAUAUUGGAAAUUCAUCAAAGGGGCCAAAGAAAGAUUAUUCCAUCAAUGGCGAUACAGAGAGCCACAUCUUUGGUAUCUUCAAUGCCAUUGCAAUCAUCGCGACGACGUAUGGAAACGGAAUCAUUCCGGAAAUUCAGGCAACGGUCGCGCCGCCAGUGAAGGGAAAGAUGUUCAAGGGUUUGUGUGUUUGCUAUACUAUAGUGGCCGUGACAUUCUUCAGUGUUGCCGUCUCUGGCUAUUGGGCAUUUGGUAACCAAUCUGAGGGCCUAAUACUUAACAAUUUCUUGGAUGAUGGUAAAGCUCUGGUCCCAAAAUGGUUCAUCCUCAUGAGCAACAUUUUCACAAUACUCCAACUAUCAGCUGUUGGUGUGGUUUAUCUGCAACCGACGAAUGAAGUGCUGGAGAGAACAUUUGGAGACCCCUCAAGCAAGGAGUUCUCUUUUCGGAAUGUUGUCCCGAGGGUAGUCGCUCGUUCGCUUUCGGUGAUCGCGGCGACAACGCUGGCAGCAAUGCUUCCCUUCUUCGCGGACAUCAAUUCGGUGAUCGGAGCUUUCGGUUUCAUGCCUCUUGACUUUGUCUUGCCUGUGGUUUUCUACCACUUGACGUUUAAGCCUUCAAGUAAAAGUCCCAUUUUCUGGUUAAAUGCGUCUAUAGGAAUCUUCUUUUCAGUAUUAGGAGUCAUAGCAGCUGUUGCAGCAGUGAGACAAAUAGGCCUUGAUGCCAAAAAUUAUCGCUUAUUUGCUAAUGUUUAAUCGCAAAGCUUACCACGGUGCUAUUAGAAGAUUUUAAUUAAUCUGUACAAGCUUAAUUUACGCUUCUAUUGUACUUGGCAAUUGUGUUUAAUCACAAAGCCUACAACCAUAAUGAAUAUCUCAAAGAUACAAGCUUGGAGAAUUCAAUAUGAAAAUUGCCAAUUCUACAUAUGAGAAUUUUUACAAGGUAUAGAAUCCAAUAUUAGGUUUAAGCUAAACAUAGUAAACAUAUUACAUACACACACACA